AAAAAACACACACUUCCAUUUCAGGGGUAUUUUUGUCACUUUAAGCAUAAAAGUUCUGUGAUCACACCUACUUCAUUUUGUCCUCUCAUCUUUUAGUGCUCCACUUUUUAUACGAAAUACCUAAAACACCCUUGAUCUUUCUCUUUUUUCACCUCAGACGAUAAUAUCCAACGGGCGAAUCUUGUUCUUUUAGAUUUUUCUCUCCGGUGGGGCAUCCAAAGUUGCUCUCUUUCUUUGGAUCCUUCUCAUAUUGUGUGUUUUUUGAGCUAUAUUGGGUAAUGGGUCAGUGAGUUUUCUGCAUGUAAAGCUUUAGGUUCCUUUGUUUCAAGAUUUGGAAGCUCAUUUUGAAGAUCUAAGAGUUGGUGGUGAAGCAAUUGGAGCUGCAAGAAUCAUGAAGUCGAGUACUCGACUUGACUCAGUUGUUUUUCAGCUCACUCCUACUAGAACUAGGUGUGAUCUUUUCAUUAUAGCCAAUGACAAGAAAGAGAAAAUAGCUUCUGGAUUACUUACUCCUUUUCUGGCUCACUUGAGAACUGCUCAGGAUCAAAUUGCAAAGGGCGGUUACUCCAUUUUGCUGGAACCAGAUGCUCAUGUUGAUGUUUCAUGGUUUACAAAGGGCACAGUGGAAAGGUUUGUCCGCUUUGUGAGCAAUCCGGAGAUUCUGGAAAGGGUCUACACCGUUGAAUCUGAGAUCUUGCAGAUUGAGGAAGCAAUUGCCCUUCAGGGAAAUAAUGAUAGUGGGCAAGGGACAGUUGAAUACAAAGAAGCAAAACUAUCAGGCAACUUUGCAGGUACUAAAUCUACAGCGGAGGUCAAUGAGGAGAAAGCUAUUGUCCUUUACAAGCCGGGGGAACAUCAACCUCAAACAGAUUCGCAGGAAGAAAAUUCAAGAGUACAGUUUCUGAAGGUCCUGGAGACUCGCAAGUCUGUGCUUCAAAAAGAACAAGGAAUGGCAUUUGCUCGUGCUGUAGCUGCUGGUUUUGAUAUUGAUCGUAUGACACAGAUGGUAUCAUUUUCCGAAUCUUUUGGUGCCUCACGCUUAAGAGAUGCAUGUGUAAGAUUUAUGGAACUGUGGAAGAAAAAGCAUGAAAAUGGACAAUGGGUUGAAAUUGAAGCUGCAGAAGCAAUGGAAAAUCAAUUAGACAUUGCUGCAACGAAUGCAUCUGGAAUUCUGCUCUCUAAUAUUGCUAAUAAGCAGUUUGAUUCCAACAGCGAGAUGGCUUCUGAGAAUUAUGUGAAAUCAAGCACAGAUGGUAAUUCAGGGGAAAGGCCUCCAGUGGAUCAACAAAGUCCAAAUGGUCAGCAACAAUAUCAAUUUUUGCAUCCAAUGUUUCCACACUGGCCGAUGCAUUCUCCUCCCUCUGCCUUACCUGCUUUUCAAGGAUAUCCCAUGCAAGGAGUACCUUACUAUCCAGCUUAUCCAGGAAAUGGACAUCUCUAUCAACCUCCUUAUCCAGGAAUGGAAGACUCUCGAACGAGUGUCACUCCACAGAGUAGACAGAAAAGACAGUCUUCGGAUAGGAGAGAGAGCAACAGUGAUUCAGAGGAGGAUGAAGAAAUGGACAAUGAAGGGUCGUAUAGUCAAAGAAAGAAGUCUGGUCGGUCUAGGAAAAAUCAAUCAGGAAAGGUUGUUAUACGUAACAUUAAUUAUAUCACUUCUAAAGCAAAGAACUCUAGUGAUAGCGAAUCAGAAGCAGCUUCUGGUUCGGAAAACGAUGCUGAUAGUGAAGAUCUAGAAGGCAGCAGUCACAAUCUGGUGAAGAAAGAAACUUCACGGUCAUCAAAAUCAAGACGAAGCCGCACUGAAGCAAUUUUAUAUGAUGAUGGCACUGUUUGUGAGAAGGAAGCUGAUGGUGGGCACUGGCUGGCAUUUCAAAAUUGUUUAUUGAAAGGUAAUGAAGAAGAAAAUCAUGCUGACAAAGAUGGCAUGUUCGCAAUGGAGAAAGAUGCAAGGAGGAGACCAAAAAAUGCCAUUACCAAUGAUCCUUUGGCUAUUGGUGCCCAAGACGACAUUGAAAUGAAGGAUAGGUUGAGUGAUAUGCAUACAGUUGGUGCGAAGAUGUCUCGCAUAUCCAGGGGUUCUAAUGGUGAAGUUCUACUUUCUAGCAGAGGAUAUGACAAUGGCCAAGGACUUGGUGACCAGAUGGACAUGCACUUCACUGAGAAAAAUGGGAGAAAAGUCAUGCGUAGAACUGCAAAUGAUGAAUUUAUGUUAAAUGGUCGAGAUAAUCAUUCAGGGCCGAGAAAUUCAUUAGAUCCUCUUGCUGUAAAUGCAUAUGAGCAUACUAAUAAGCUAGACAAAGCUUCCUCACAUGAUAUGACUGAUGAGUCUUUUGUAGUACCUUUUAGGUCAAUGUCGUUGAAUAAUGGACCAGAAGGUAGAACUGCCAUUAACAUGGACUCUGAGCUUCCAUCGGCGCAUCAAAAAUCAGAAAACAGCUCUGCUGGAAUUAUGAGCUACGAGCCUAAUGAUUUUAGCUUGAUAGCUGAGCGUGGAACAGAAAAAAGGUUGGGUGUCUAUGACCCUGCUUUGGACUAUGAAAUGCAAGUUUGCAUUGAAAGUUCUUCUUCAAAGGAUAAAAGAAAGAAUGGAGUCUCCAAUGAUGUUAAGGAAGGUGCUAAAAAAUCAGAGAAAGAUCGCAGGUCAAAAGCUACUGUUGAUACUUCGGACAAGAAAAGGAGUGGAGGACCAAUAAGAAAAGGAAAAAUGUCAAAGUCAAGUCCUUUGGAUGAUGCACGAGCACGCGCUGAGAGGAUAAGAUCCUUCAAAGCUGAUAUCCAGAAGAUGAAAAAAGAAAAGGAAGAGGCAGACCAAAAGCGCAUUGAAGCAUUAAAACUGGAAAGGCAAAAGAGAAUUGCAUCCAGAGGUGGCUCCAGUGCUGGUCACUCUCCAGCACCAACAGCCCAAACAAGAAAAUUGCCAGCAAAAAGCUCUCCUGGCACCUUCAGGGGAUCUAAGUUCAGUGACUCAGAGCCUGGAUCCUCGUCACCAUUGCAAAGAACCAAAAUAAAGACUUCGUUGGGGUCAAAUGAUGUGCAAAAGGGCUCUAAAGCCAGCAAAUCAACUGAUGGAAGCAAAUUGGCAGGUAACAAAUUGAGUAGAUCAGCGUCCUCCUUGUCUGAACCAAAAAAAGAAAACAAUGAUGUUACACCUGAUUCAAAGGCAUCCAUGGCACGACUAAGAAGAUUAUCAGAGCCCAAAGCAAUCAGCAGCAAGCCUGGUACUUUACGGAAGGCACAAAGUGCUGAGCUCGUAUCAAAGCCCAAGCCUCGGAGUGCUGAAGCAGUGUCUAAGACAAAGCGUUCUGAUGUACCAGAGAGCAAGAAAAUAUCUGCCAUCAUAGACCUUGACAAAAAGAAGGCUGCAACUCUUCCUGAGCUGAAAAUUAGAACCACCAAAGAGUCGUCAGAUUUACCACAAAACAAACCAGCUGCGGAGAAGAUGAAUGACAGACCUUCUGUAGCAUCCGGAGGCAUUGAAUCAUACAAGAAUGAUCUAGAUGAAAACAUUAUUGAGAAAACUGUUGUUAUGCUUGAGAAGGAGAAGAAGCCCGCUUUGGCUGUUCCUAAUUCAUCAUCAGAGAACUUGGUUGUGGAAGAAUCUGACAACAUUAGCAGUGUUGAGAAAACUGACUACGCCUCUACACGUGACCCACCGUCACCCUUUGAAGGAUUUAUCAGAGCUCCUGUUCCUAGCCGACUGCAAGAGCUGUCGAAUUCCCAUGAGACAGCGACAAGUUAUGCAGAUGACACACCCAAGUUUGCAAAUAUCGGAAGUACUGUUUAUCGUGCUCCGUAUGCUCGUGUCUCAUCUAUAGAGGACCCUUGUACCAGAAACUUGGAUUUUGUCAAAGCACCCCCGUCGAGCUCAGACAUGGGAUCAACAGUUAAAGAAAUUGCCAAAGCUCAUGCACCUGAUAUUCACACUGUUAGAGUAGAUAACAAUCCAGAAGCUGCAGAAAGGACUCAAGUGAAGGAAUCACCAAAAGGUUUUAAACGCCUCCUGAGGUUUGGAAAGAAGAACCACACCUCUGCAGGAGCAGAAUCAAAUGGUGCAAGCACGAAUAGCAGCAAGCAGGAUGACAGUGCCACAAAUGCUUCCUUGCCUAGUGAAGUUUUCACUUUGAAGAAUUUGAUCUCCCAAGAUGAAACCCCUACAGCUGGCAAUGUUUCUCAGAAGUCUCGCCUCUCUUUGUUGUCUCCCUUCCGAAGCAAGACUAGUGAAAAAAGGUGACAGCAUUAUCAAGAUUAUUCAAGUGCUCCCACGGUUGUAGCUGGAGGUGUGAUUUGUCACGACUUUUUAUAGACUUCCCAAAACAGUUUUUUUCCCUCAAAUUUAGUUACUGUAAAGAUGUGUGGUAUUAAGAUGAGAAAUGUAUAUACCUUCGACUGUAUGUCACCUUUCAAUGUACUCUACAGUUUGGAUUUGAUAUUGGGUGUUUUGCAGUGAAAAUUUUGCAAGUUCCUACUGUA